AAUAACUCCCUGAUCAUAAUUACCCUAAAAAGUUUUGAAAAUAAUGGGACAAGAAAAUAGCAAGUGCCCUCAUCAAUCCUUAGCAGAGAAACGAUACAAAGUUGAGAGACCGAAAACGAAAAAAGUGUCAUCUGGAAGUGCAACGGAACGAUGCCUGUCAACCCAAUCUGACGAAAAAAAUGCUGCACGUAGGCUUACUGUAUCCAGUUGUGAUGUUAGCGCCGAAGACGAUUUACCGGAAAUCAAGAAGCUUUCAGUAUGCGAGCCAAACGAGGAUGAAGCAACUUCAAUGACAAAUGCUGCAGCAGCCGCUGGUGGAGCAAAAUCGAAGUGCAAGCACUUUUUGACCCGACGAGAGCGCAUUCUACUGGAACAGAGUUGGAGGAAAACUAGAAAAACUGGAGCUGAUCACAUUGGAUCAAAAAUCUUUUUUAUGGUACUAACAGCGCAGCCAGACAUUAAAGCAAUCUUUGGGCUUGAGAAGAUCCCAACCGGACGUUUGAAAUAUGAUCCACGGUUCCGUCAGCAUGCACUUGUCUACACGAAAACCUUGGAUUUUGUUAUUCGCAACUUGGACUACCCCGGAAAGCUGGAAGUCUACUUUGAAAAUCUUGGAAAACGACACGUGGCAAUGCAGGGAAGAGGUUUUGAGCCUGGAUACUGGGAGACGUUCGCCGAAUGCAUGACACAAGCCGCUGUGGAAUGGGAGGCCAACCGACAGAGACCAACUUUGGGAGCUUGGAGAAACUUGAUUUCGUGCAUUAUUUCGUUCAUGCGGCGUGGAUUUGACGAGGAAAAUGGCAAAAAGAAGCAGUAUAGCUAUAACGUACAAGGAUUUAGCUCGAAUCGAGCUCGCCGUUCAAUUUCCCCAUACGCCCCUGGUGUUCACUAACUGAUUUUUUAUUAAUAAUGUAAUCUUUUUCAUUGUUUCAUAUCACUUUUUUGCUGUACCAAAAAAAACUCUUGAUUCGGUCCCAUCUCAAAACAUUUUGUUCGCUUUUUCCAGUUCUGUGAACUGAUAGCUUUUAUCUUUCUAAAACUAUCAAUGGCUUAUCAACUUCCCAUCAUCCCUCCACUCGAUUCCUUGUUUUGAAAUCUGUGAAUUUUCUAAACCUCAACGAGCUCUCCAUGUUUUUUAUUUGUUUUCUGUAUUUUUUUGCUGUCGAUCUUUUUCUUGAUUUUUUAAAAUGAAUUUAUUAAUUAUA